AUGGUGUUCACUGAGCUCCUGGAGCAGGCUGGGGGUGCGGGCUUCUUCCAGGCCCUGCAGGUCCACUUCUUCCUGCUGUCUGUCUGGGUGCCCAUCCAAUUAGCUGUGGAGAACUUUUCAGCUGCUGUCCUAGGCCACUGCUGCUGUGCCCACAUGCUGGACAAUGGCUCUGAGGCCCCCGGAAACCUCACCCCCGAGGCCCUCCUGGCCGUCUCCAUCCCACGGAGCCCCAACCAGGAGCCCCACCAGUGUCUGCGCUUCCGCCAGCCACAGUGGCAGCUCCUGGACCCCAACGCCAUGGCCACCAACUGGAGCGAGGCUGCCACGGAGCCACGCGUGGACGGCUGGGUCUACGACCGCAGCACGUUUACCUCCACCAUCGUGACCGAGCGGGACCUGGUGUGUGACCACCAGGGCCUGAAGCCCCUAGGCCGGUCCGUCUACCUGGCGGGGGGCCAUGGCGGGUGGAGCACCUGGGGCCUCCUCUCCCACCAGUGAUUUGGGCGGAAGCCUGUUCUGAGCUGGCGCUGCCUGCAGGUGACGUGGCCAGCAUCAGCCCCAUCGUUGCCUCCAAUCUCCUUUCUACGAUUUUUGAGCACUUUGGGAUUGUCUGGCAUCAUCCUGACCUCCGCAACGCUCAUGGUGGAGUGGACCACGACGCAGAGGGCCGUCACCAUGACGAUCCUGAGAUGCACCUACAGCAUUGGCCAGACGGCCAUGGGCAGCCUGGCCUUUGCCCUGUGGGACCGGCGAGCCCUCCAGCUGGCCUUGUUGGUGCCCUUCUUGGUCAUCUUCCUGAUAUCCUGCCCACUGACCUCCGAGACCAUGGAAGAGAAUGAUGGACUCCCCAGCCUGGCAUUAGUGGUGCAGAGGGAGAAGCGGCUGCCUUCUCCCCACUCCUGUUGCAGCUGGCAGGUCUGCUGCCCACCACCCCCUCCCCACAUGACCUGGGGGCAGUGCCCAAUCUACACGAAGAAAACAAAGACCCAGCCAAGCACCCGCUUCUUUAACCGGUGGCUGCCGGGAUCCGCCCGACGGCUGAUUACAGUGGGCAAAACAGAUCGAGCGCUUCAGGAACUCAAAAAGGGGACCAAGAUAAAUGGCCACAAGGAAGCCAAAAAGACACUGACUAUAGAAGUACUGAUGUCCAGCAUGGAGGAGGACGUAGCCUCUGCGAAGUCCUGCCGGUCAGGGCUGGACCUGUUCCGUAUAAUCGCGCUCCUCUGGAGAAGCUGCAGACUGUUGGUAGCGAGCUUGUCCCUCACCCUCUCCUACUAUGGGCUAGUCCUCCUCCUGCAGAACCUGGGGAGCAGCGUCUUCUUCCUCCAGGUCCUCUUUGGAGCCGCGGACUUCCGGGCCCGGAUCACCACCACGCUCCAACUCAGGUUCUUUGGCCGCCACACGACCCUGCCUAGCUCCCUGGCUGUGGCUGCCCUCGCCAUCCUGGCCAAAAUGCUGGUCCCACAAGAUCUGCAGACCCUGCAUGUGAUCUUGGCUGUGCUGGGAAAGGGAUGUUUUGGCAUCAGCUUAACCUGCAUCAUGGUCUACAAGCCAGAACUCUUCCCAACGUCACUGCGGAUGACCGCAGUGGGCCUGGGCCAGACGGCAGCCCGAGGGGGAGCCAUCCUGGGGCCUCUGCUGCGGCUGCUGGGUGUACACGGUGCCUCCCUACCCCUGCUGGUGUACGGGGCGGUGCCAGUGCCAAGCGGCCUGGCUGCACUGCUGCUGCCCGAGACCCAGAGCCUGCCACUGCGUGACACUAUCCCAUAUGUGUGGAGCCAGGCAGUAAAGAAGGCAACACACAGCACCCAGGGGCGUCCUGUUCUGAAAUCCACACGACUUUAGGCCUCCUGGGAAGCCUGCGAUGGGAUGGCAGGAGGAGGCUCUUCUCUGCGGAAGGAGAGCAAAGGCCUCGGUUUCCAGAGGGCCGGGGGGCUGCCCCUCCAGCCGAGCCCAGCCUCUCACUAUCUAAGGAGCCGCCCUGAACACAGAAGGGGCCAAGGAAGGUGUGAUUGGCAGGACGCUGCCCGGUACACCAUCACCCGACCCUCUCUCAAGGCUGCUGAGAGAGGAGCAGGGGCACGACCCAACCCGACCCUAUGCUUCCUCGCCCCUCACCAGCCCUGAGCUCACAGGCUGACGUCAGCCACGCUCAAAACCUCCCCAGCUUCUCACGCCACCCUGAGGGCUCCGCACAAGCGCCCCUCAACUUUACCAGAGAGACGGCUCGGGCCCUCCCCAGCCCCCUCGCUACUCCAGCCACGCAGCCAGGUCUUCUGCCUGGAAUGCUUCUGCCACCUUCCCUACCUGACAAAUCCCCCGCCUCAGCCUCCCAUACCCAGGGCAAUGGCCUUGUUCUGGGGCCCAGCGCCCAACCCAAGUCUCCAGUGAAAUUCUUACCACGGCUGCGGCCACACGCCUGUGAGUCCCCAGAGGGUUGGGGUGGUCCGCCUCCCCGUGUCCCCAGCUCCCACACAGACCAGAGGGCCAUUGGUGCGAGGGAGACGGGAGAGUGAAUCAAGGACUGUGCCUCGGCGACUCCAGUGAU